AUGCUAGAGCCAUUGCAUUCGCCCUUCCUCGACGCGCCCAUCGGUGAUGGCGCCCUCGUGCGCCUCGCAACGGGUUGGAUCGGCUUGAUCUGGUAUACCACGGUGCUGGCGGUUUGUGCCCUGGGCUAUUUUCAGAUAUGGCGCCAUUUCCUGCGACGACCACGACGAUCCCCUCUUGCGACCUCCUCUGACGCCCCCCAUGUCACAGCAAUUCGCCCGGUCAAGGGCCUCGAGCCGCACCUUUAUGACUGUCUCGCUGCUUCCUUCCGACAGGACUACCCGCCGGACAAGUUGACAGUCUGCCUUUGCGUGUCGUCGAGCGAUGACCCGGCCUAUCCGACGCUGUGCAAAUUGGUGGCCGAUUUCCCGGAGGUGGACGCGCGAAUCUAUGUUGAAGACGACGACCCAUUGCUACAAGACUCCAGCAAGUACGCUCUAGGACCAAACCCCAAGAUCCGCAACAUGAGUCGGGCAUACCGUGAAGCCAAGGGCGACAUCGUAUGGAUUAUCGACUGCAAUGUCUGGGUUGGGAGAGGUGUGUGUGGCCGCAUGGUGGACAGCCUGUGCGGAUCGGCGAGCAACAAGAAAUACAAAUUCGUGCAUCAUCUACCCGUGGUCGUCGACGUGACUGGGGAGAAUAACUCGCAGCAAGAACGGCAGGCACUCCUGGAUGCCACUUGUGGAAAUGACGCAGCGGCUGUAGCUGCCCCCAUGCACUCCAGCCGUCCUGAAGACGGGUUCGCUGCAAUGCUGACAACAGGAGGCGGUCGACUCGAGGAGCUGUUUCUCUCCUCUGCGCACGCGAAGAUGUAUACUGCCAUCAACACUGUGCUCAUUGCGCCAUGCAUUGUGGGCAAAUCCAACAUGUUUCGCCGCUCUCAUCUCGACUACCUUACGAGUCCGUCGCCCACAGACUCCCACGCCCGCCACCCAGGGAUUGACUUCUUCUCCGACAACAUCUGCGAAGACCAUCUGAUCGGCGAUCUCCUAUGGAGAAGGCAGAUACGCGAGGAGAAAGAGCGCGGUGAGCGCUGGGGCAAGCACGCCAUGGUCUUCGGGGAUCUAGCGAUCCAACCCGUUGCCAACAUGAGCGUACAUGCAUACAUUGCUCGUCGGGUGCGGUGGCUGCGUGUACGCAAGUUCACCGUCUUGCUAGCCACGCUCGUCGAGCCAGGCACCGAGUCAUUCCUCUGUUCAAUCUACGGUGCAUGGGGAGUUACGAAUGCCCUGGCACCAUACCUCGAACAAAGUGGCGUGCAAUGUGCCCCUUAUCUAGGCACAUGGACUGCUUUCUUUGCAUUCUUCGCGUUCAGCGUGGUGUCUUGGGUCCUUGUCGACUGGACCUUGUAUAUCAAGCUGCAUUCCGCCAAAACAGUCGAAUUGGACACACACACUCCACCCUUUGCACUGCCCAUCUCCCGCAGUCAUUCUACGCAAACAACUCGCCGUCCUUUCCUCCAAUGGCUUGCCGCAUGGCUAGGCCGGGAGCUUCUAGCUCUGCCAAUCUGGAUUCUGGCAGUCUACGGCGGCGUAACCGUCGUCUGGCGAGAGCGGCACUUCAAGGUUGGUUUUGAUGCAAAAGUCCGAGAAAUUGAGGCCGACAAAGCUGCUCCUAUCGAGGGCUCUUACUCUGCCGGCUCGGUGUCCAAUGGCGUGCAUCUCUCAACACAGAAGCCAGGCGAGAAGAAAGGCAAAGUUCGUUGUGACUGA